AUGGCGAAGGCAGCCGGGGUGGUCUGCACCUUCCUCAUUCUCGUCGCGCUGUGCUGCCAGAGCCUGGCUCAGAGAGCGCCGGCUAUGCCAGAGAAGUGCUGCUUCAACUUCCAGAUGAGAAGGAUCAAGAGAGACAAUGUCGUCAACUGCUACCCCACCAGCCCUGAGUGCCCACACCAGGCUGUGAUCUUCAGGGUGAGGAGUGGGAAGGAGAUCUGCACCCAGGCAAGUAGUCCCUGGGUGAAGAGGUACCAGCAGAGCUUCCAAGUCAGCUCCUUCUCCAUCCCCAGCUAG